AAGAACAAGGCCUUGUGUCAAAAAAGAUGAAAAUGUCAAUGUCUUGACAAGGGACUCAAGGGAGCAACCAUUUUGAAUUUGGUGAAUUGAAGUUACCUAAUCAAUUUGGAAUUUCUUUGGACAAUUCAAUAUGUUUGCCGUUAACGCUAGCAGAAUUGCUUCGAGGGUACAGGUCCUCCAGCAAGCAAGAAACAUGUCUGCAUUGUCCGGACCACCGCAGGUGAAAAUAUCUACCGCCGAACGACUGGUUCACGCAGCAAUUUUAGUUACAGGAGUCUUAGCAACUCCAAUGUGGAUUUUAGCCCACAUCAGAGAAUACCGUGGUGUAUCUUAAGAUGGUUCCAAAACUAAUGUAGUUAUGUUGUUUUUUAAAUAAGUUAAGAUUAAAUAUAUGUAGAUACCGUAAAUUAUGUAUUAUUUCUUUAAGGUAUGGUGUAAACAAGAAAUAAAAGUUUAC